AUGAAUGAACUGUGGAUGAGCAUCUAUACAUUUAUUGUGGCUGUGAUAUUACCUUCAUUGAUUAAUACCAUACUCAAUAGUUUGAUUUUUGUUCAUGUACGAUCAUCCGGUCGUCGCGUACAGCCGAACAUUGUCACAGCAUGGACGAGUGAAUUCAAUCGUGAACAGCAGCAACUACCAAAAAUUAGUCGUCGAGAGAUUGCAUUAUUACGGCAAAUGGUGUUCAUGUUUAUCAUGUUUGUUACAGGUUGGUCUGCUGUUCUGAUCGUUAAUAUCAUCACUCAAGUGGUAUACACUAGUGCCAUUUUUGUGUUGAUUUCCAUGUUGCUCGCCGAACUAUGUGCAAUUGGUAUUAUAAUAGACCUAUACGUAUACAAUCAUGAACUGAGAAAAUUUCUAUGCAACAAAUUUCAAUUAUGCUUUAAGUUUUAA